AUGAUGCCUAUUCGAAAUAACAUAGAAUUAGCCUACAUGUAUUUUCUUCCUAAACCACAUAAAAAAGGAACACCACUUCGACCGAUUGUGAAUACAAUACAUGCAGCAACAACAAAAAUUUCAAAAUAUUUAGAUCAUUUAAUUCGUCCAUUAUUUGAUCGAUAUGCUCGUUCAACAACGAUUGUAGAUGGUGUUGAUCUUCUUAAUCAACUUCAUAAAUAUAUUCAAACUGGUUAUUUUAAUUCAUCUACUCUUUUUGUUACAUUUGAUAUUACUAAUCUUUAUACUAUGUUACCACAAGAGGAAUCAUUAGCUAUCCUGGCUGAAUUUCUUCAUGUUCAUCAUUGUGAAAGAAUCGAAGGAAUUUCUAUUGAUACUAUUGUAGAAUUAGGUCGUAUUGUACUUCAAGCCAAUGCUUUUGUUUAUGGUAAAAAAUUCUAUCGACAAAUUAUUGGUGGUACUAUGGGAUCAGCAUUUACAUUAACUUUAGCUAAUGUUUUCAUGUGGAAAUGGUAA